AUGUCCACAGCCGACGCCGCUCACUUGGAGCAUGCUUCCAUGACCGAGGUUGCGCGCAAUAGCAACAUACCAGAUCAUGUCUCUUCACAGGCUCUCCACAGGUCGCAUACGGAGCCUACUAAACGUCCCACGGAUAUGGAUGCUGUAGCGCCAAAGGCACAAAUGAACAGCUUUGAAUAUAUAUGGAAAUCUGGAGUGGCGGGUGGUUUAGCCGGUUGCGCUGGCAAGACAGUCGUUGCGCCGCUAGAUCGAGUGAAGAUCCUCUUCCAGGCCAGCAACCCUCGAUUUGCGAAAUAUACAGGAUCAUGGGUUGGCGUCGCAAGUGCCAUGAAGGACAUCCACCAAUACGAAGGCCUUAUGGGACUCUACCGCGGACACUCUGCGACUCUCCUUCGAAUCUUCCCCUACGCCGGCAUCAAAUUCCUCGCAUAUGAACAAAUCCGAGCCGUUAUUAUUCCCGAUAGAGCACAUGAGACACCAAUGAGGAGACUGCUCAGUGGAAGUUUGGCAGGCGUCACAUCGGUCUUCUUCACAUAUCCCCUAGAAGUCAUCCGAGUACGACUAGCUUUCGAAACUAAGCGUGAUGGUCAUUCUUCUUUAUCAUCAAUAUGUCGUCAAAUCUACAAUGAGCAGCCUGUCCAGAAAACAGCGGCAACUCGGCUACCGAAUGCUUCCGCGCCUAUAUCAGCCGCAGCAGAGGCAACCGCGGCGACAGUUGGGGCUGUCGCUCCUCAAUCAGGAUUUAUCAACUUUUACCGAGGCUUCGCUCCUACCGUCAUGGGAAUGCUCCCCUACGCCGGCAUGUCUUUCUUAACCCAUGACACUGUCGGUGAUAUCCUACGAUCGCCGUCCAUUGCGAAGCACACGACACUACCGAAGAAGGCCAAUCACCCUGAAGGAAAGCCAGCGGCUUUGCGAUCAUGGGCAGAGCUUACUGCUGGUGGUGUUGCAGGUCUCAUCUCUCAAACGGUAUCAUAUCCUCUUGAAGUGAUUCGAAGACGAAUGCAAGUUGGUGGUGCCGUAGGAGACGGUCGUCGACUUCGAAUAGGCGAGACUGCCGGUAUGAUCCUUAGGGAGAGAGGCUUCCCUGGUUUCUUUGUCGGUCUCACUAUUGGAUACGUAAAGGUGUUUCCCAUGGCUGCGGUCGCGUUCUACACAUAUGAGCGCAUGAAACUUGUCUUUGGCAUAUAG